AUGUCAGAAGAUUGUUGGUUAGAGCUUACAGUGUCAGAACAGUUCACUUCAUUGAACGGAAAUUUAUUUGUUGAUGGAAAAGAUUCAAGAAUCGAAUAUUUAAUCCUUUACAAGAAUGCUGGUGAUAACAGCGAUGUAUGGGUUCAAGAGAACCACCCAGAUGAUUGUCCAAAAUUAGUAAGUCAUUUUGAAGAUGAACUUGCAAAAACAGUUUCAGUCGAGAAUAAUUUUUUAACACAUCAAAAUAGACUAAAUAAACAAGCAUAUCAACACAUAGAAAAUGAAAAAAAUUCAUUUCAAUUAAGGGAAUCUUGUCAAGAAGGUCUCCAUUAA